AUGCCUCUACAUGUAGGGGGUGAACCUGGAAGUGAGUGGAUACAUAGGUUAUUGACUGGACAUCCUAAUUUGUGUAAAGAGCAACUAAGGGUUGAUAAAGAUAUCUUCAUAAAGCUUGUUGAUGUAUUAAGAUGGAAAGAACUAUUAUCUGAUGGUCGAUUUAUAUACGUGGAAGAGCAAGUCGGCAUACGUCUAUUCAUGAUGGCUAAAGCUGAUUCAUAUCGUGAUGUUGCGGAGAGAUUUCAACAUUCGAUAUCAACCAUUUCUAUCUACUUCAGAGCAGUAUUGAAAGCUUUGGUUUCAUUAUCUUGUGAUAUUAUUCGACCAUAUCAGAGUUUCAAUGAAUCACCACCAGAAAUUAAAAACAAUUCAUUAUAUUGGCCAUUUUUCAAGAAUUGUGUCGGAGCUUUAGAUGGUACCCAUAUAGAAGCAGUUGUUGAUGAUGUUGGUGGUAAGCCAUAUAGAGGACGUAAAGGAAACAAAACAUGGAAUAUCAUGGUUGCAUGUUUGUUUAACAUGUUAUUUACUUUUCUUAAUGUGGGAUUCGAAGGAAGUGCACAUGACACGAGAGUCUGGACACAUUGUUUAGGUGAUGUAACCAAGAAAUUCCCCCAUCCACCUUCAGGAAAAUACUUUUUAGUUGACUCAGCAUAUCCAAAUACUCUUGGAUAUCUAAGCCCGCAUAUGGGCAAAGACUUGAGGUAUCAUUUUCCAGAUUUUGAAGAAAGGGGUCCACCUAUUGGAAACUUAGAGCAUUAUAACUAUCGACAUUCCUCUUUACGUUCAACAAUUGAAAGAUGUUUCGGCGUAUUAAAGAAAAAAUGGAAAAUCUUAAAGAUGAUGCCACCGAUGGAUGAAGCAUUUCAAUUGUCUAUCAUUGUUGCAACAUUUACACUUCACAACUUUAUCCGUCUAUACGAAUUAGGGAUACCAAUAUUAAGAGGUUGA